AUGAACCGUUUUAGUGAUAUUGAAUUAACAUUCAAAAGACUUCCACCAGUCUGUGGUUAUCGUAGUGAAAAGCUUGUUUCAAUCGAAGAAGCUUUAGAACCGAUAGAACCACAAAUUGGCGAACUAAAAUUUUAUAUAAUAACAGCCAAAAAACAUUGUCAUUAUUCAUCAGAACACGGAUUAACACGUGAUGAAUCAGCUGCUAUUUAUAUCUAUACAAUGGAAUGGGGUAAAACGAGUUUAUAUCGUCUUCUUAAUAAAGCAUUAAGAGAUGACAAUAGACAAAACAUCAUAAUCUGGUUUCCUUAUUUAAAGUUAUUCGAUACGGCAUUAGAUAAAUUACCAACUGUCAAAGAUAGUGUAUGGAGAGGUAUUUCUCUUGAUAUUGGAAAGAAUUUUACCAAAGAUCAAUUUUUAACAUGGUGGACGGUAAGUUCUUGUUCAUCUUCAGUUAGUGUUAUUGCAAAAUUUCUUGGAAAUGAUAAAUCUGCAACUCUUUUCAUAAUUGAAACUGUUAAUGGAAAAAGAGUGUCUGGCUACACAGCAUAUGAAGGUGAAGAUGAAGUUAUUCUAAGAAUUGGAACAGAACUUCGUGUUAAAAGUGAUCCACUAAAACAAUCUAAUCAAACACAUAUUGUGCAUUUAAUGGAAAUUGAUGAUGAGAACCGAUGGAAAUCGCUUGAGGAAAAUCUUAUUGCCGCAACAAUCCCAUCAAAGCAAGAAGCAUCGAAAACAAGCGUCCAUGAAACUAAUACUUCGAAAGGGAAUAACUUGGACAAAUUCGAAAAUGACAUGGAUAAACUGCGUAAAGAAGUAGGAGGCAACACAGGAGUACCCUUCGUGGACUUGAGUGACAUAAACGGUUACAAGCGAGUAGCAUGGGCUACAAAUGCUCCAGAAUGGCGAACUGCUGUUUAUGGAAUAAAUCUCGAAGGUUUCUGCAGCAAUACCACAUGUAAAGCGUAUGAUCAACGCGUCAUAAUCGGGAUCGGUAUGAAGACAUUUGAUCUUCUCGGUGAUGCAGAUGCGUCUACUACUAAAUGCCCCAUAUGUCAACAAUAUGUAGAAGCGACUACGUGCGGUUUCAGCAAUUGUUAUUGGCGGUGGGAGGGUGUCAAGCAGUUACCUCGGCAGCCACCGACUCGAUGUUCGAAUGACUGGACGGUAGCAGACAAUGCCUAUCAUUACUUUGACCAAACACUUAAAGGAACUGCAACAACAAGCGGUACAGCGAUAUGGCGCAAGCUAACGAUAGAAGCCAAACCACUGAAAAACUAG